UUCAUCCUGAUCAUUUGUAGUGCUAUCACUGGUCAUGAGUGUUGGUGAAACAGGUAUUGCUAUGCUGAUGUCAGUCAGAAUGGCUCCUCCUCUUCCUCUGAUGUUUCUGAUCUUGAUUCACGGAAUUUCUAGUGCUGAAUGGGGUGUGAGUUACAUACAUCCACACAUCUGUGCACUAAAGAACUCAUCAGUGAUAAUGAGCUGCACUUAUGCAUACCCUACUGGAUAUCAAAUCAUUAAAGUGUUCUGGACCAAAAACCAUGUAAAGAAUGUAGAGCCUCUAGAUCUGUCUGAGGACCCUGAAUAUAGUCAGAGGCUUCAGUAUUUGGGAGAUAAACAGAAAAACUGCACCAUCAGACUGAGUCACGUGACACAGAAGGAUUCACACAUGUACUGUUUCAGAUUCACAACUAAUGUAACAGACGGAAAAUGGAAAGGUUAUCCAGGAGUGACUCUUACUGUCACAGAUCUUCAGGUGGAGUCUCCUGAGACAGUGACAGAGGGAGAUUCAGUCCGUCUGACAUGUAAAAGCAGCUGUGAUCUGACUGACAGAGCAACAUUCAUCUGGUACAGAAACUCACAGCCAUUAACUGAGAGAGGAGACAGAAACAAUCAACUCCUGCUGCAGUCAGUCAGAAGAGAGGAUGCAGGCAGAUACAGCUGUGGUGUACAGGGACACAUUUACAUCUCUCCUGCUGUUCAGCUCAAUGUCACCUAUUCACCAAAGAGAGUCUCAGUGUCCAUCAGUCCAUCUGGUGAAAUAGUGGAGGGAGAUUCAGUGACUCUGAUCUGCAGCAGUGAUUCAAAUCCUCCUGCAGAAAUCAACUGGCUUAAAGGAAGAAAGAUUGUAGGAUCUGGAAGAAUCUACAGCAUCUCAAAGAUCAGCUCUAAUCACAGUGGAGAAUACAAGUGCAAGUCCAGUAAUAAACAUGGAAAGAAAUACUCUGCUGUGACUUUAAAUGUCAUGUAUCCACCAAGGAGUGUCUCAGUGUCCAUCAGUCCAUCUGGUGAAAUAGUGGAAGGAGAUUCAGUGACUCUGAUCUGCAGCAGUGAUUCAAACCCUCCUGCUCUGAACUUCAGCUGGUUUAAAGGAAGAAUGAUUGUAGGAUCUGGAAGAAUCUACAGCAUUUCAAACAUAAGCUCUGAUGACAGUGGAAAAUACAAGUGCAAGUCCAGAAAUAAACAUGGAGAGAAAUACUCUGAUGCUGUGACUUUAAAUGUCAUGUAUCUUCCCAGGAAUGUCUCAGUGUUCAUAAAUGGAUCUGCUGAAAUAGUGGAGGGAGAUUCAGUGACUCUGAUCUGCAGCAGUGAUUCAAACCCUCCUGCUCUGAACUUCAGCUGGUUUAAGGAGAAUCAAAUCUCCUCUGUUGGAUCUGGACAGAGUUUCAGUGCACUACAGAGUGGACGCUUCUACUGUGAAGCUCACAAUCAAAAGGGAUCUCAGAGAUCAGAUGCUGUUACUGUCACUGUUAAAGGACGUCUGAUGAUAUUGUACAUAUCCAUUGGAGUGGUUUGUGGAGCUUCAGUUCUCAUCACAGUGUUGCUGAUUUGGAGAAACAGGGGGAAAAGGAUAAAAGACAAUCUUAAAAUUCAGUCAAAGAUGGAUCAUUCCAGACCUGAGGAUGACAGAUACAAAGCAUCUGAUGUUGAUACGACUGAACGUUUGUAUGAGAAUGUAAUAAUUAAUUAUUCCAGAGCUCAUGAUGACAGUCUUAAUGACUAUGAUGUUGAGUCGACUGAGCCUGUGUAUGAGAAUGUAAUGGUAAGUGAUUUCACUCUUGAUAUCAAAUGUCUGCUGACUAAGUAUAUGGUGCACAGCAUACAAUUCACUGUUUAAGAUCAAGUUAUUCAAGUCCUUUUAUACUGACCAGAAAUUUGAAGUGUAUAAUUUAGUCAUGAAGUUAU